AUUUCCUUCUUAGUAUAGUUUAUUCCAGAACCGGGACUUUACCCAUACCGUUUUACUUACGGUCUUACCUCCCUUGCAGGCCUUGUGAGCUGCUAGCCUGGUGCUACUCUGUUACAGCAAGUCGUUUUCUCUCUUCGGACUUUUAUGGGUCCGAUUGCGUUAGCCAUCGAGAGGAGAAGCUCGUCGGAAGCCUCUGCGGAUGUAUCAAAUGGGAAAAUGCAAAACCCACUGCUAGGAAUGAGAAAGUCUUUUGCAUCAGUCAACAUGCAAGAAGAGAAACCAUUUGAUUUCUUUCGCACUUUAUUUGAGGGAGUGAUAGCAGGUGGUACGGCAGGUGUUGUUGUUGAAACGGCUUUAUACCCAAUUGAUACAAUAAAGACACGUCUCCAGGCUGCUCAUGGUGGAGGGAAAAUAAACUUGAAGGGCCUUUAUUCAGGAUUAGCUGGCAACCUUGCUGGUGUUUUACCGGCUUCCGCACUAUUUGUUGGUGUUUAUGAACCUCCGAAGCAGAAAUUGUUGAAGAUCUUCCCUGAAAAUCUUAGUGCAAUUGCACAUUCGACCGCAGGUGCCAUUGGGGGAAUUGCUGCCUCUCUCAUCCGGGUUCCAACAGAGGUUGUUAAGCAAAGGAUGCAGACCAGACAGUUUACCUCCGCUCCCGAUGCUGUCCGUCUUAUUAUUGCAAAAGAAGGAUUUAAGGGCCUUUAUGCAGGAUAUGGCUCUUUUCUGUUGCGAGAUUUACCAUUUGAUGCCAUCCAAUUUUGCAUCUACGAGCAACUUCGACUGGGUUAUAAGAAAGCGCAGGCACGAAGAGAUCUCACUGAUCCUGAGAAUGCUAUCAUUGGUGCUUUUGCAGGUGCACUAACUGGAGCCAUAACCACUCCCCUGGAUGUGAUUAAAACAAGAUUAAUGGUUCAGGGAUCUGCAAACCAGUACAAAGGAAUUUUUGAUUGUGUUCAAACUAUUAUUCGGGAAGAGGGGCCUCCUGCUCUUCUGAAGGGCAUCGAGCCAAGAGUAAUAAGGAUAGCCAUUGGGGGAUCAAUCUUUUUUGGUGUCCUUGAAUCUACAAAGCGCUUACUUGCUCAGAGGCAUGCUACAGUUCAUCAAAACUCAAAGUGCGACUGAAAAUGACGUUUAUAUUAAUAUUUCUGGAAAAUUUUCUUCUCAUCUUUCUCAUAUAAUCUCAAACGUAGAGCAGAAUACAAGUCCGUAUGCUUUUCAUUAUGGAUCUUACGAUCUUGUCAAUUGCCAUGUCGCCUGCUACGUGGCGUUGACAGCGCUCAAAUAAUGUUGAUUAUAACGGGGCCCUUUAUUUAGAAAA